GGAUGGGCCAUCAUCCUACCGUCAUGAUUCCCGUUCCGGUGUCUGGGUAGAUUUGUGAAUGUUCUGGAAAAGUGCCCGAACUCUGGCUGGGCCGCUUGAGGGUAUUUGUCGUGCCAACAAUGCAUAUUUGCCGAUGGCAUCCAAAGUUGCACAUAGUGAACUAUGUCCGUCAGCACUUUAGGCAGACUCGAUGCACGCCGGCAUAGGCGUUAUGUACGUCAGAGGGUUGAAUCGGUUGACAAUGCGAUUAUCAUCAAUCAUCAUCAUCGAGUAGACUCCGUAGAGAAAAAAAAAAUAAACGGUUCCAGAGCGAACGUGAGAAAACGGGGUGGUAUGCUGCGCUCGGCAGCAGCCACGACAUCAUGAUCUGCAUGCCUAAAGGUCAUCGACCUGGAUGCGGCCAGGGGCGAUGAACUGAGGAGAUACCAACACACCAAAGUCAUCAACUGGUUCAGUGGUUCAGUGGUUCGGGGGGUUCCAAAGUGGUUCAGCUUCUUCCUCCUUCCAAAUACACACUCCCUACCUUGAAACUAUCUUAGCACCUUUUUGAACUCCCUUCCUUCUGCAUUUCCGUCACUCAUCUUCCCCAUUCGACCACCCACCCACACCUCUCGCUGAUCCCCGUCGGAGACUCGGUCGCCAAUGACCGCCCUCUCGUGUCCUUUCUGAACCAAAAACCUUCCCCCCAUCCUGACACCAUGGCGAACGCUUUCGGUUCGGCAUGGCGCUCCUUUUGGCAUACCAUGACCUCCUAUGACCGUCAUGCCUCUCACGACUCACCCUAUCGCACUGGUCGACACGUUCCCCUGAGCCAAAGUCGCCAUGAACCUCUCACCUCCAUUGCUACCAGCGCUCUCGAGUCCCGCCCCGACCUCUCCAGUACUUAUGACGAUGAAGCAACCAAGGGCUUGGCAUCCGCACAAGCGACCGAAUGGAACGGCUCUCCAACCGAGGUGGGCUCGCCAAACCGCCCCUAUUCCCCGGGAAUGCGAUCGCUUGCUUCCCAAAAACGCGGUUCGAACGAGGGGCCCGAUGGACCGGCGGAGAUCCAGAUGCAGAGCUUCCAUGAUGGCGCGCCCCCUCCGCCCCCGGUUGCCCACUCCUGGCGAAAGAUUGAGCGGUGGUUGGAGCACAACUACGAAGAACUGUUGGACAAUCUCGGCGAGGGGUGCACACAAAACGACAUUAAUGAAUUGGAACACGAGUUGGAUGCCACUCUGCCCUUGGAGCUGCGCGAGUCGUUGAUGAUCCACGAUGGUCAGGAGCGGCCCGGCCUGCCUACGGGUGUCCUGUUCAGCUCCAUGCUGUUGGACUGCGAAGAAAUUGUGCAAGAGCGGAGGAACUGGAAGACUGUAAAUGACGAAUUCCUGAGCCACAAUGCUCCCCUUUCUGCGCCGGUAUCUAGCUCUGCUGCAAGCUCGUCCUCCGCUGCUGCCCAGCAACAAAGCAACCCGGGCGCGUGGCGCAAUGAUCUGCUCGACCGCCAGGACUCUCAACCACCGGGCGCCGUGCAAAAGGCAUAUGCUCACCCGGGCUGGAUUCCGGUCGCCCGUGACUGGGGCGGCAACCACAUCGCCAUUGAUUUGGCUCCUGGACCUGCCGGCAAAUGGGGCCAAGUCAUCAUCUUUGGUCGCGACUACGACUGUAAAUACGUCAUUGCGCGGUCGUGGGCCGCGUUCCUGGCCGUCUUCGCCGAGGAUCUAUGCAGCGGCAAGACCUUUGUUGACGAAGAGACCAACGAUAUGAAGCUGAGGGAGUUCAAGUCGCAGAAUGUUGAGCCCUCGUAUUUGGAGAUCUUGCGCUGGCGGACAGAUCAGAAGUACGGACGUCGAGCGCCGCGACGACGUGCCCCCAAUGGCCUGGGUGCAAAUGCCAAUGGCAAGUCCAGUAGCCGGGAUUCGCCUUAUGGUAGCCCAACUCGGGCCGACGAGCGUGGUCGCUCCCCGCAUCGGUUCUCCAAGGGCCCAGCACAAAGCCCUAAGACGCCAUUCGGUGUAUCCAGCCCUCUGGCUCGUGUGACGGAGGAAACUUCGAGCCCUAUUACCACUGCCGGUCCGACGAUCUCGGAGGAUUCCCGGGAGAACGGCAAGGAGGUCGAGCAGACCGAAGACCUUAUGGAGGUUGCUACGCCGCAGAUCUCCAACAAGGAGAACGAGGGAUUCCCCGAGAAGACGACCGAGUCGAAGUUGUCUGAGAAUGAGAAGAACGAGAAGACUGAAAAGAGUGACGGGACUGCAGAGCCCUCGAGCGUCAUGGACUCGGAGGUCCUUGGGGAGAUGAAGAACGUGGCUAUUUAGAGUUUUGAGUUUGAGCUCGUGUUCGUGCUCGUACUUGUGCUAAAUGGACAUUUUUCCUCGCUGCUCUUCUUCCUUUCUUGCCGUGUCUUUAUCUACCUCUAUCACCUCUUUUACCUAUCUCGCACUCUCGCAGGGUCUCUACUGCAUUCUCUUUCCAAUCCAAGGGCAACGCAGGCGUCGAUGAAACGAACUUUUGGAUCUACGUGCCACUGUUUCUGAUUCGUGUAUAGAACUUUAUUUUUGUUUUCUUUUUCUUCCCUUUGUCCAUCUGUGUUUGUUCCUCUCCGGAUUCUGUGGCUUCGCGGCAUUUGUUGUAACUUUUGGGGGGGGCCGAGGGUUAAGCUUGAGCUUUUUUUAUUUUCCUUGUUUUGCUUAGUGUUUUGUGUUGCUUUUUCUUGGACUCGCCAUCAAGCUGGCUUCUGUGCUCAUGGUCUUGAAGCCUCUGCUUUUCUCCAUUGAAUAUUUCCCUGUAAUUCUAUCAUGAGGCAGUGUUAGUGCUUUGCGGUUCUUCCGAGGGCUUGGCUCCAAUUCAUUUCCCCUUUGGUCGAGGGUCUGGCUGUGUCUGGUUCUUGUUCUGUAUCUUGUGUAUUUGUAUACCCAUAUAAUGCUCAUGGCGGUAAGUCCAUUGGUUUCUUUUGAUUGGUAUCCUAUAUGCCGUCUCCUCUAUAUCAUAUCAUCCAGGGGGUAUGUCAUACUCAAUGUCAACAUAUACAAGCAUCCCAUGCUCAAGAGUCAACUCUUCAUCCUCAUUUACACUCCAAUGAUACCUUCUCCUCCUCCUCAAUCCCAAUCGUCAUCGUCAUCAUCCUCGUCAACCCUCUUCACCUUCCCACUCCGAAUACUCUUCCCCUUCCUCCCCCCAAACCCAUUCCUCCUCCUCUCCCCCUCCUCCUCACUCCCCUCAUCCUCCCCCUCACUCCCAUCCCCAUCCUCACUCCCAAGCUUCACAGCCACAAAAACCCCCUUCCCAACCAUCCUCUUCUCCAAAACACCAACCCGGAACCCACUAUCCGUAGCAUCAAACCCUCUCUCCCCCAACCCCUCAAACCCAACAACCCUCUCCACGCCCACCCCAUCCUUAAACCCAAUCACGCACGGCAACACCCUGAUCCCCAGCUUCUCGACUAGGAACGGCGUGUUGCGCACGUCCACCCGCGCGAAGCGUACCUCGUGGUGGUGCGGCGCGAGUUGCGUCAGCGCCUGGUCCAUCAUUGCGCACCGCGUGAAGUCUGGGUGGAAGAAGUGGAUCAGACUGCGUGUCGACGAGGUCGUGUGGUCUAGCACUGAUUGGUCGGUUGUGAGGGUUGGGUAGGAGUCGUUGUGCGUCAAGGUAGCAGUAUUGGCUGUGGUGGUGGUGGUGGUGGUUGUGGUGGAGGGAGCGUUUGUGCUGCGGUUGUUUUUGCCAGAGGCGAAUUCGGCGUUUAGUUGUUGGAUGCGCGUGUCGCGGUAGCUGGGGUCGUCUUCGUUUUCGAGGGCUGCGAAGAGAGCUUCGUCGUCUGAGUCUGUGGCCAUUCUUGCGGGACUAACUCCUGGUAAGGAGAUUGGUUGGUGGUUGGUGGGAAGGAGAGGGUUGUGAUAUGGUGGUGUAUGGGGUUUCGGGUGGUCAAUUGAGUGUAAAUUGGCAACUUUUGAAGUGCUUUGUGGUGGUUCAAUUGAAUUGAGGGGGGUGUUGGAGGUUGGAG